AUUGACCAAGGUUGCUCAUUUCUUACCCGUUUCGAUGAAGAUGUCUUUGGACAAGUUGGCUGAGAUAUAUACCCGUGGGAUCAUUCGACUCCACGGAGUGCCUGUCACUAUUGUAUCAGACAGAGAUCCCAGAUUCGUCAGUCGAUUCUGGCUCAGCUUACAUGAGGCGAUGGGCACAAAGCUUGAGUUCAGUUCAGCCUACCAUCCGGAGACGGACGGUCAGUCAGAGAGGACUAUUCAGACACUCGAGGAUAUGCUUCGCGCCUUGGUUGUUGACAGGGGUGCUAAGUGGGAGUCACUGUUGUCGUACGCCAAGUUCGCGUAUAACAACAACUAUCAUUCCUCCAUUCAGAUGGCUCCUUACGAAGCACUUUACGGUCGCAAGUGUCAUUCCCCUCUCUAUUGGGACGACGUAGGAGAGCGGCGAGUACUCGGUCCUAAGAUGAUCGAGGAGACAGCAGAGCAGGUCGAGUUGAUCCGGCAGAGACUCAGGACAACUCAGAGUCGACAGAAAUCUUCCGCCGAUCAUCAUCGACGAGAUAUCCAAUUCGAGGUUGGCGAGCCAGCCUUUCUCAGAGUACGUCCGAUUCGCGGAAUU